CUCACAGGGGCAGCUAAGAAAGCAGACAGUUUCAUUUAGUUCCAGUCCGCGUGCAGACAUGGAGCUCUGGACAGGAUUAUAUCUUGUGAGCUUCAUCAACAUGGCACGUUGUUUGCUCGAAUCGUCCUACACUGUUCAUUUAAACAAACUCUCAUUUGACAAAGCUCAGAAUUACUGCAAACCUGGAGGUUUCUUGACCAACAUUCCAAACAAGAAGGAAAUGGACAAGAUUCUGAAAACAAUCUGGGAUACGAAUAGCAAAACCAACAAGUCAUUUUGGAUUGGACUGAAGAUUGAUAAAGGGGUUUGUGUUCAAUCGCAUUUACCUCUUCAAGGUUUCUACUGGACGGUGGACAACAGCACUCAAUCUGAUGUCAAAAUCUGGAAAGCCCAACCUACAACUACUUGCUCAACUUUACGCUGUGGGCUGCUUUCAGUGGAAUACAGUGACUCCGGUGCAAAAAGCAAUGGGUCUGAGGAUGUUUCCUGCAAACAGGAACAUCCUUUCAUUUGCAAACGAAACGUCAAGCUGGUGUGUCCUCGACCAGAAAUACUCGGCCAACAUGACAUGAUUGAGCCACUGAAUGAUCCGUACACACGUCAGAUUGUUUGCCAAUCUGGUGCUAGGUUCAAUCUGACAUGCUCCAAAGAUCUAGUCUGGACUCUAGUCGGCGACAAAAAUGUGGAUAUAUCGCAACUCUGCCUGGAGUGCAAAAGAGGCUACAGGAGGGAUGCGUCCGGAAACUGUGUGGAUGUAGACGAAUGUAAAGAAUCCAAUACAUGCCAGGAACAAUGCCUGAACACAGAAGGCUCCUACAAAUGUAUAUGUUCGCACAAUGACGAUGGAAUCUGUAAUGGAUCGGCAAAUUCAAACAUAAACAGGGGCAAACCUGUGUUAACUCAACCUACAUCUCUGCCUGAUGUGGUCAGAAUGAAUGAGACAGUCGUGCAUACUGACGAGAGCGUUGGAGACAUUUCAAAUAUCAUAGUACCUGUGAUUAUAGCUCUGCUGAUUUUCAUAGUGCUGCUGGUGAUCGUGGCAGCCAUCGUGAAAGGCUGCCUGAGGAGGAGAUCCAAUAAACAAGCCCGGAGGAAGGCAGAGGCUGUGGCUCUAAAUGGAUCCAGCUCCAUGGAGAAGGUGAAUGAAAAAGAGGAAACCUAAGUGGGAGAGACUGUGCAAAUGUAAAAGAUAAUUCAGUGUGACAUGCAGAAGACAGAGGGUGCUUACUGCAAGAUAUUCCCCUCUCAGAACAUUUGGGUGUGAUGUUUGAAGUCACAAGAGUGCUGUGUAAUUACUGCCUUUGAAUUUCAUUUGCAUUUUCGUCUCACAGUUGAAAUCAGGGUCUUUAUUCCACUGUGGAUUUUGAAAUCCUAUCUAGGUCACAUCGAAGGUAGUUAGAUUUAUGAGAAGCCUACUCUGUAUUUGUUUACUCUUUCAUUGCUUAUAUUUAAAUGCACCUAUGAGGAGAUGUAAGAACUGUAGAUUAUAUUGUUAAUAUUGCAAUUAGAUGUGUUUUCUAAUUAUAUAUUUCUAUGUUUCACAACAUCAAAGUUUUAUACGUGUCUUUUUAACUGAUGUGUUAGACAAAUAAAGAUGGAUGUUUAAGCUGU